AUGGUGGUCGCAAAGAAGAUGAAAAAGUCUCUGGAGUCGGUGAAAAGUGAAAAGUACGUGCUGGGAUACAAACAGACUCCGAAGAUGAUCAGACAGGGCAGAGCGAAAUCGGUUAUCCUCGCCAACAACUGCCCCGCUUUGAGGAAAUCCGAAAUAGAAUACUAUGCCAUGUUGGCUAAAACUGGUGUCCAUCACUACAGUGGCAAUAACAUUGAGUUGGGCACAGCGUGUGGAAAAUACUACAGAAUAUGCACGCCGGCCAUCUUUGACCCAAGUGGUUCUGACAUUAUUAGAAGCAUGCCAGAACAGACCGGUGAAAGGUAA